GCGCGGCGCUGCCAGCGCGGGCCCCGCCCCUCGCGGAGCUGUCCGCGGCCUCAGGGACCGGGUUUAGCUACAAGAUGGCCACCGCGCGCCCGGACGCCCCGACCCCGAGCUCACCGGCCCGGGAGUCACCAUCCCCGGAGACGUCGGACCUGGUCCUGGUGCCUGAUGGUGGCCGCUCUGCCACACCCCCAAAUGACCUCAUCGAGAUCCAGGUGGUAAAGGUUACAGACACGACAUCGGUACUUGAACCCCCAGAGCCGGGAUCUUUUCACUGUGCCCUGUGUCCCGCUGCCUUCCACCUGGUCUCAGAGCUGCUGUUUCACGAACAUGGCCACCUGGCGGGCGUGGACGGGGUUGGGCAGGGUGGGGACCCAAGCCGUUGUCACGUGUGUGGCCACAGCUGUCCAGGUCCUGCUAGCCUGCGUGCCCACUACAGCCUGCAUACAGGAGAGCGGCCUUACCGCUGCCCACUCUGCCCACGGGCUUUUAAGGCCUUGGCACCCCUGCUCCGACACCAACACCGCCACGGGGUGGAGCCAGGCACCUCUCGAAGACUUCCACCUCCAGCAGCAACUGGACAACCGAACCCAGGCAUGGCCCAGGAGAGGUCGGAGGUGGUGAUGGCUGCGGCAGCUGCAGGGGCCGCGGUAGGCAAGCCUUUCGCCUGCAGGUUCUGUACCAAGCCCUUCCGCCGCUCUUCAGACAUGCGCGAUCACGAGCGUGUGCACACCGGGGAGCGGCCCUACCACUGCGGCAUCUGUGGCAAGGGCUUCACACAGUCCUCUGUGCUGAGCGGCCAUGCCCGUAUCCACACUGGCGAGCGCCCCUUCCGCUGCACACUCUGCAACCGCACUUUCAACAACUCCUCAAACUUUCGUAAACACCAGCGCACCCACUUCCAUGGGCCGGGGCCUGGGAUGGGAGAGUCUGGAGGCCUCUCCAGAUCAUCUUCGGUAGCCCAGGAAUCAGGGAAUAAGCGUGGGACAGAGAACACUACCGAAGAAGGGCAUGGAGAGACUGUGAAGGUGAAUGUGGAGGUUGACCAGUAGGCUGGGGAAUAGGAAGCAUGUCAUAGGGGAAGUGGAUGGACAAAUAGAGGCAAAAGCGAAGGAGAAAUACUGAGCAGCUGGGGUUGGAGAGUGAGAAGGAACCAGGUUCUGCUCUCCCAGAGACCCACACUAUACUUGAUACUCAGGAAGAGGUACCUGCAAUUCCGUAGAUGCCCAGCUAAAUGUGAAAAUAUGGAGCCAACUGAGCAUGGCCCUCUCCUGUAAGCCCAAUACGCUGGGGGCUGAGGCAGGAGGAUUGUGAGGUCCAGGCCAGCCCAGGAUGCAAAGAAAAACUUUAUCCACCACCACCUCUGGUCUAAUCCUAGACUACCUCUGGACCAUGUAGGGGCUGCCCUAAGGUGGACUAAUAUGGAAUCUUUUGCCUACCUCAACUGGAUUGCACUGGUCCUGGGAUGCCUACCCUCCCCAGGCAGAAGAAGCCCACCAGGCCAUCUCUAAAGAGAUGCUAGACUGCCUUCUCCCUCAAAACCAUGGAGUACCUAAAGCACAGUUGGGAGUUCAUGAAUCUCUCGGAUGGGAGCCUGCCCAUUGAGUUUAAGUCUAAGCUCUGCUCACCUCUCUAUCAUUCCCCAAUGUGGUCUCUUGUUAACCUACCUGACUUCUCUGGAAGCAACUGUGAGCACAAGCUGCAAGCAAACAGAACAAGCACCUGGCAUCCCCUUAAGCUUUAGGUUCAGAGCCUGUGGUCUCCCACGUCUACAAAGAAGUUUCUCAUUUCUCAGUUUUCCUCCAUUGCGGGGUGAGGUACAAAGCUUCCUGAUUAGUCCAGGCAAUUUGGAGAAAAGGUUGGUUGAUGGCAACCUUUGUGGGCAGGCCCAGGGUGUAGACUAAGAGAAGACACUGUGGUAGGUAGAGGGCUUAAAAGGACCUGGGAACUGGAGUUUGGGGUGGGAGUCAGGACUUCCAGUCUGUUCCUAUUAAAAAGAUUUUCUGAAAU